AGUUUGUGACCGCCGCGGCUUCGCCGGUGGCUCCGGCUGCGCGCAGGGCGGGCCUCUCCGGGUCCCCUGCAGUCAUUGGCUCGGUGCGGUUUCCUUGGGGACGUGGCGCCGCCGGAGGCCGGGCCUCCUUCCGGCUGUGUUGGGAGCCACUGGGAACCGCUGAGGACCAGGACCAGGCCGGGCUGUGCAGAGGGACGAGCGGGCCUCGGGAUUCCCGCUGCAGGCUUAGGAGAUGCCUGGGACUAGGAGGCCACCCUCUCAAAGCAAAAGGAAACGGAGGUGACAGACGUCGAGACCACUGAAGGGAACCCAUGGCUAGGAUCAGUUUUUCCUACCUCUGCCCAGCCUCCUGGUACUUCACUGUGCCCACAGUGAGCCCGUUUCUCCGUCAGCGGGUGGCAUUCCUGGGACUCUUCUUUAUACCCUGUGUCCUUUUACUUCUUUUAAUCAUGGAUUUACGACACUGGGCCACUUCGUUACCACGGGACAGGCAGUAUGAGAGGUAUUUGGCUCGGGUAGGAGACCUGGAAGCCACCAACACGGAAGACCCAAAUCUGAAUUAUGGACUCGUGGUGGACUGUGGUAGCAGCGGCUCCCGGAUUUUUGUUUACUUCUGGCCAAGGCAUAAUGGGAACCCCCAUGACUUGCUGGACAUCAAACAGAUGAGAGACCGGAACAGCCAGCCCGUGGUUAAGAAAAUAAAGCCAGGGAUCUCCGCAAUGGCAGACACUCCGGAACAUGCUAGCGAUUACCUUCGACCUCUGCUGAGCUUCGCUGCUGCUCAUGUGCCCGUGAAGAAGCACAGGGAGACGCCCCUUUACAUCCUCUGCACUGCGGGCAUGAGGCUGCUCCCUGAGAGGCAACAGUUGGCUAUCUUGGCAGAUUUAGUGAAAGAUUUGCCGUUGGAGUUUGACUUCCUCUUUUCACAGUCUCAGGCCGAAGUGAUCUCUGGGAAACAGGAAGGAGUUUAUGCAUGGAUCGGAAUCAACUUUGUUCUGGGAAGAUUUGACCAUGAAGAUGAGUCAGACUCGGACACCUCUGUGGACUCAGCAGCAGGCCGCAGGAGGACAGUGGGAAUCCUGGACAUGGGAGGAGCCUCUCUCCAAAUUGCCUACGAAGUUCCUACCUCAGCCUCCGACCUUCCUCCCAAACAGGAAGAAGCUGCCAAGAUCCUGCUGGCCGAGUUCAACCUGGGCUGUGACGUGCAGCACACGGAGCACGUGUACAGGGUUUAUGUCACCACCUUCCUGGGCUUUGGGGGCAACUUUGCCCGGCAGCGCUAUGAAGAUCUCGUGCUGAAUGAAACGCUUAACAAAAACAGACUGCUGGGCCAGAAGACAGGCCUGAGUCCUGACAAUCCCUUUCUGGACCCCUGCCUGCCUGUGGGACUCACAGAUAUGGUGAAGAGGAACAACCAGGUCCUUCACUUCCGAGGAAAGGGAGACUGGGCCAGUUGUCGGACAUUGCUGAGCCCCCUGCUGGCCCGCUCCAACACCAGCCAGGCCUCACUGAACGGUAUUUACCAGUCUCCAAUCGACUUCAACAACAGCGAGUUCUAUGGCUUCUCAGAGUUCUUCUACUGCACCGAAGAUGUGCUGCGCAUCGGUGGCCACUACCACGGGCCCACAUUUGCCAAGGCUGCUCAGGAUUACUGUGGCAUGGCGUGGCCGGUGCUAGCCCAGAGAUUCAAGAACGGCCUCUUUUCUUCACACGCAGACGAGCAUCGACUCAAGUAUCAGUGUUUUAAGUCCGCUUGGAUGUACGAAGUCCUGCACGAGGGGUUCCACUUCCCCUACGACUACCCAAACCUGCAGACAGCGCAGCUGGUGUAUGACCGAGAGGUGCAGUGGACGCUGGGAGCAAUUCUGUAUAAAACCCGAUUCCUGCCUCUCAGGGACCUUCGGCAGGGACAGGGAGGAGUCCGGCCAGCCCACGGCAGCUGGCUCCGCCUUUCCUUUGUCUACAACCACUAUCUCUUCUUUGCUUGUACCCUGGUGGUGCUUCUGGCCAUCGUCCUGUACCUUCUGCGCAUCCACAGAAUUCACCGCAGACAAACCCGAGCCUCGGCUCCUCUGGACCUGCUGUGGAUCGAGCAAGUGGUGCCGAUGAUUGGGGUCCAGGUGGGGCCGUGAGGCUGGAGCGGAAGUGGAGAACCUCCCAUUCCUUCGGAUUGCUGCUGCUGCUGCUGCUGACUGAAUUCCUCCACUUUCUCGAACUGGCCUCCGAUGCUGCUUUGGCCUGCGAAUUUCUACUUAUUCACUUUGAUUUCUUUUUGGUGCCCAGGACGGGACCUCUUCUCAGAAGUCGCAAUUUAACUUCGAGGAACUAAAUGUCGAGAGGCUGGUGCUAAGCUUAGCCCAAAUGAAGCAUGCUUCUCCUUUAUCUCAGAAAUUUGAUCUGUUUCUGGGAUGUAGCAUCCCCCCCCCCCCCCCGCCCCUUGCUGAAGCAAGUUUUUGAUUGGGCAACCGGAGGCGUGGUUGAAAUCAGCUUGGAUUGACUGCUACAAAGCCAGAGACAUUCCAGCAAGUGCAGUUGCCCCUGUUUUCUCUGUAACAGAGAGAUCCUUAUGUGGAAGAUCCACAGCCUUGAAUAGGGACCUAAGAUCUCUGAGGUUCAGUGGACCAGAUUUCAAGGCAACCAAAACGAUACAACUUCCUUGCUUACUUGACAAGCCAUUGUGGAUGUGCUCGGAGAUUCACCCCCCCCCCCCCCCCGCAGUGUUUCUGAUUUUGUUAUAUAGAUCUGAAAGGUUAGAGCGCCUUUGAAAUGGAUGACUUAUUGAAGAUCUGACAGUAUUUUAUCUGAUACUUGGUCUGACCAGUAUAGAAAACAUUUUCAUGUCUAUGUGCCUCACAAGGCUGCUUGGGCAUUAAUAUUGCCUUUUGAGCCUUAAGUGUGCUUAUAGAUUGGAGAAACCGUGAUGGGAACAGGACCUAGUUUUGCCUGUUUUGGUUACGGCCUCACAGGCAUAUAGCGUGUAGAAGAUUCAAAGUGACUUCCCUCAUUUCACUCCUAAGAUCUUAUAUAUAUAUAUUGGGAAGGAAUGUACUUGUUUUGUUUAUAAAUUAUGUUUUGUUUUAAGAAAGAAUAGCAUCAGGAGAGUGGGCAAAGGCAAUAAAAUCCAAGGUUUUGAUUUUUGUUUUUGUUUUUUGUUUGUUUGUUUUUUGUUUUGUUUUGUUUAGUUUUUUUGAGACAGGGUCUCUGUAGCUCUGGCUGUCCUGGAGGAAUUUGCUCUAUAGACCAGGCUGGCCUUGAACUCAAACUCACAGAGACCUGCAUCUUCCUCCCGAUCACUGGGAUUAAAGGCAUGAGCCAGCAUGCCUGGCUUAAAGUCAAAGAUCUUACUUUUUUUUUUUUUUUUUUUUUUUUGAGAUGCUCAAAAGACAGCAAAUUCUAAACUUUGGAAUAACUAGAUAAAUCUGCCAUGGAGCAACCUGGCCACUUUCUGGAUGUCUGUCACAAAUAGCUCUCCCACUAGCGGGGAGAGGAAAGCCAUAUUCCCGAUGUUCUCACCUACUGCCUCUCAGACGGCCUUCUCUGCAGCCAGCCUUUCAUACUGUAGUCCUCCAUCGUCAGCUCCUCCCUGCCCCCACCUGGGAUUGUUCCCAGGGCCGAAGCAGGAGUUUGAUUUCUUCUUUUGGGGAGUAAGGCAGGUCUCCUGAGCCCAGUUUUCUAGGUCGCCAAGGCCAGCCUUGAAGCCCUGAUAUCCCUGCCUCUGUGUCUUUGUAGCGCUGGCUUCAAGGAGAGCAUCACCAACCUGGCUCAUUUUCUCUUCAUUUUGCCAAAGCCUUUUAUCUCUAGUGUUGGAGUUCAGAAGAAAAAAAAAAGAGUCUAAAGGAAUAAAAAUGAAUUUCUUUGAUAAUAAAUUCCUCCUGGGAACAGAAGGAAAUGAAAUGAUUUAUGAAAUAGAGAAAAAAGUCAAGAUGGUCUUAGGGAGGAAGCCAACGUGAGGAUGAGUGUGUUGACUUAGCAGUUAGGCAAGGCUGCAAUUACCAUCAUCUCCUCCCUCUUCCUCCCCCUCCUCCCUCUCUCUCCUCGCCCCCUCUCUCUUCUUCCUUCUCCUUUCCCUUUCCUCCCCUUCCCUCUUCUUCCUCCUCCUCCUCCCCCUUCCUCCUUUUCUUCCUUUUCUUCCCCCUCCCUCCCCUCUCCCUCCCCUCCCCCUCCUCUUUUCUUUUCUUUUCUUUUUUUUUUUUUUGAGGCCGAGUGGGUGUCACUAAGUAACUCAGGCUGGCCUGGUUCUCAGUGGUCCUCCUGCCACAGCCUCCUGAGUGCUGUGAUUACAGAUGUGUGCCACCAUGCGUGCACAUUAGAUACGUGCACACCUAGCAAAGAAUUCUUUCAUGUCAUCUACUUUUCAUUAGGGCUGUGAGGUUGACAUCUUAGGACUUCUCAGUUGUCUCCCUUCUCCAUCAUUCUAAUUUUUAUGUCCUGUGAGUGAGCCUCUGCUUUUUUUUUUUAAUGUUGCUAUAAAAUGCUCUUACCAGCCAUUUGCUUCCUCAGGGAACAUUUAGCUUCAUCUUGGUUUCUAUAUAGCUGUCUUGGUGUGUUGAGAGAUCUAGUCAGAAGUCCCUGGGCAGGUUAACAGUGGCCAUGUUCAUGGGCUCCAAUUGAGACUGGAGGAGGGAGGUGGUAAUGGUCUGGUUGUAAAGCUCUCAUUACUGAUCUUCCUCUUUGUCCUGAUGCUACUAGAAGCUUCCAUCUGUCAAGCACUUAUUUGUAUCCCUCUUAAUGUUGUGUUCUUUACUAUAUAUCAUUUAAUCAUUACGGCAGCCUUUCGGAUUGAUACCCCUACAUUCUUUUUAUAGUUUGGAAAAAAAAAAUCUCAGGAUACCUAUCUUUAUCAUUUCUCAAUAUAAAUAUAUUUCUUAAUUUAUUUUAAUUAGUCUUUGAGUUUCUGUUUGGUGCAUUGUAUCCUGUUUAUUGCUUUCGUAUUAUGGGGUCCAGACUUCCCUUCCUUACAGUAAGGCUUCCCGGAGUUCCAUAGGUUAAGAACUCUGUUAUAUGGAGCUGAGGACAUUGCUCUCAACUCAUCCCUGAGGGUAGACUUCAAAUGGGAUCUCAUUAGCCAAGUUUUCGCUGCAUCUGUUUUAGUAUUUAAAAUACUUUUGGUUUUAUGUUUAAGCCAUUAGCUUAACUUUGCACAAUUUUUUUCUUACCCACAACAUUCCAAUAAUUACAAUCUGAAUGAAGGUACAAAUGCAUAAUAGAGAUAUCUACCUCAUUAUGGAAUAGGUGGCGAUUCUUGGGAAGUUUCUAGACUGGGAUUUGUAUGUGACUUCAUUUUAGCUGGACUAGGAAUUAAGUAGGAACAGCAUUGGCUGUUUCAGAGUCUCUUAAAUCGGUCUCUUAGUUUAUGUUUUACCCUCCGUCUUUGCUGUGGGGAAGGUAGACUUCUGCCAAACUCGUGAAGAUUUUGCUGGCAUUAUAAAAAUUAGUAUGUUCAAAAAUGAGGACUAAGAACCAAGUUUUGGCACCUUUGACUAACAAUACAGAAUAACAAAUAUUUUUGUAAACCAUGAUUGCAAAACAAUGAUUGAAAUCAAAUACUUUUAGGUAAUGGUCUGUAUGGUGGGUGGCUCUGUCCUUGACCUUCACCCUCCUCCUAACUUGGAUGUGAUCGAACUGGAAAAGCUGUUGUACCCUGCGUGGGUUCCUGUCCAUUCCAGGCUUUCUGUUUUGGUGGGAGGCUUGUUAAGGUUCUAUUUUAAGCCAGCUUUGUCUUGUUUUAUAUCCCCAUCGGCUGUCUUUGAAGGGUUUCAUAUUUCCCCUUGGCCUAGUAGUUCAUUAUUUUUGUUUGUUAAUACUAUCAUUAGAAGGACAGAGGAGAACCACACACCAGCAGACCAUUUUCAUUUCUGGAAAUCGGAGCAAUAAAAAGACUUUUUUUAUAUUGUAAAAUGGAAUUAUUGCUCAUGCUAUAAGGGCUUCCAGUUUUUCAAAUAUGAACCAGGCCAUUGCUUCCAUGGCAUGAAAACUUGAGUUGAAAAUGUUCUGAGUCAUAGGCUGUUUAACCAUGCCUGCAUGUCAGACAAGCUUGAAGAUGUGUCUAU